GUCAUGUUCGACGCUUGGGAGGAUUCAGGGUGUUUUCUGGUGGGGUGGAUGACAAGAUUCUCACCAACCCAGAAAGCAAAAAAGUCAUGUUGAUACACACCAUUCCACACUGAAGACUGCCAAGCUCUGACGCCAUUUUUGCUGGUUCAAACUCCACCACGGCCACCACCACCGACUGUAGGAGUGCCACGGAUGGCAGUACCCGGGCCACCACAUCCCACUCUUGCACUCGCUCCGCGACUCCCAUCAUUAGUGCAGUGGACCAAGGAGAAAAAGGGCCAACCCACUCAGCUCCACUUCCCUGCAAGAUAGACAUGGCUGAAAUAAAGCUGAAUCAAGCAAGACCAGCAGAGUACAUUAAUGACCGGUAGUCCCGACUCCUUUUCUUGGAUUAUACUCUUCGCCCAUCCUACUCCCUCCCUCGGCCAAGCCACAAGGAAGGCCUCGGUUCCGUUCAAGAUAUCAGACUUUUUUUAUCCUCUAACUCUUCAUAUACAAAAGAGAAAACUCGAUUUACACACUUAUUUCUUCAUCCAUCUUUACCUUUUGGAGUAGAAGUUUGUAUUUGCUUUCUUUGUCCUUCCUAUCUUAAACCCAAUCGUGGGCCCUGUUCUAAGCAAAAACCUCAAUCUCUCCCUCUCUAUGUGUCAGUGGUAAUGUUAUCUUGGUGAGUUGUGUUGAUAGUAUCUGAACUAGAGGUAUUAAUGGGUAAUUGCUGGUUCAGAGAUCAAAUUUCCAUCUACAGAGUAUCAUCCAAUGCAAAAUCAGAAUCUCCAAAAGACCAGAGUCCUGUGGUGAAAGAAGAGGCAAAGGAGGAUAGCAAAUUGCCUUCAAACCCAGAGGAAGUCGAGGACUUGCGACGGGAUACAGCAACAAACCCCCUUGUAGCAUUCACUUUCAGUGAACUCAAGAAAAUCACAGGAAAUUUUAGGCAGGAUAAUGUUUUAGGUGUUGGGGGAUUUGGCAGAGUUUAUAAAGGUUUCAUUACUGAAGAUCUCAGGGAGGGGCUCCAAGUUCUUCAAGUAGCUGUGAAGGUCCAUGAUGGUGAUAACAGCCACCAAGGUCACAGAGAAUGGCUGGCUGAAGUCAUAUUCCUUGGGCAACUUUCUCAUCCAAAUUUGGUCAAACUGAUUGGUUACUGCUGUGAAGACGAGCAUCGAGUUCUAGUGUACGAGUUCAUGGCUCGGGGCAGCGUGGAAUCCAAUCUCUUCUCAAGAGUACUGCUCCCCCUUCCUUGGUCUAUCAGAAUGAGAAUUGCAUUAGGUGCGGCGAAAGGGCUUGCAUUUCUCCAUGAAGCUGAAAAGCCAGUUAUAUACCGUGAUUUUAAGACGUCUAACAUUUUGCUAGACCAGGAAUAUAAUACAAAACUUUCUGAUUUCGGACUUGCGAAAGAUGGGCCGGUAGGUGAUAAAUCUCAUGUUACAACUCGAAUAAUGGGGACCCAUGGAUAUGCAGCACCAGAGUAUAUCAUGACAGGGCAUUUGACAGCCAUGAGUGAUGUUUACAGCUUCGGCAUCGUCCUCCUUGAGCUCCUCACCGGAAGGAAGUCACUGGACAAGUCACGACCGGUGCGAGAGCAGAUGCUUGCCGACUGGGCUGCACCAUUGCUCACUCAGAAGAGGAAGGUGAUGGGUAUGAUAGACCCCAGGUUAGGCGGAGACUACCCAGACAAAGCCGUGCAAAAGAUAGCAAUGCUGGCUCACCACUGCCUUAACCGGAACCCAAAGGCAAGGCCUCUUAUGAGAGACAUCGUCUGCUCCCUGGAGCCUCUUCAGGUAGCUGUGGACGUCCCAGUCAUGGAGGCGAUUAACCCUUAGCUCCUGCUGUUACUUCCUCAAAGCCAUGGUGCGUGUGUCAACCAUUUGCACGGUGUUGUUUGACUGAGUAGAGGACGAAGCAGUGAACCAAAUUCUAGCUAGAUUUCCAAGAGGUCUCAUUUCUUCUGGAGGUUGGAUAAAAGAAUAGUAUUAGCCCUUGUCAAGGUCAAAUUUUGCAUUAGGUACCGGGGAAAGAGCCCUAUAAUUUUGGGGUCAAGCUUCUUCUCCAUGGCACGAGGUUGAUGGAAGCUAUUUGGUGCCUGUGCUGAAGGCUUACGAGUCUCUUCACCAAGAAUGGGAGUUAGAUCAGUGUCAUGUCUGUUCGUCAUGCAGUUAAAGAUCUUUGUAACUGCAAUUUGAUGCUUAGAUAUUUUUAAUUCAGAAUCAUGUUCUAAA